GUGGAGACGAAGCGUCAUUCAUCCACAGAGGAAGCACAAGGUGCUCUUAGGGCAGCGGCGGAGUCCAGACUCACCUCUUUCCGUCUGUGCAACUGCUGCCGGACUUGCUCCAUCUUCCCCUCUGCCGCUGGCUCUUCGCAUCCUUCGCGUCUUCAGAAUGGCGGCUGUAUCGGACGACUUGAUCUGGCUGUUGGUCAAGAACAGCAACAGGUUCUUGGUGAAGAGGAAUGGGAACAAUAACAAUUCUGUUACCUUCAGCUCAGAACCGAACAACUUGUAUAACUUGAACACCUUCAAGUACUCAGGUUUGGCGAACAAGAAGACUGUGGCCAUCGCACCGGCAGAAGGUCUUUCAGUAGUUCUUACCACCACCAAGACCAAGAAGAGGAACCAGCCCGCUAAGUUGCGCCACAACUCCCUCUUGAAGAAGGACUUCCGCAAGAUGGCUAAGACUGUGGUCAACCAGGUAGCCUCCAAUGGGUACAGGGCUGACUUGAAGUCCGCCGCUUUGGCUAGGUUAGCCGCUGUGCACAAGAGCCUUCGUGUUGCCAAGGCAGGAGCCACGAAGAAGAAAUCCAAGGCUAGAACUCCAGGAAAGAAGUAGAUGGUGUCUUCUUUUCGGAAGAUAAGGACUGCAAUAGUUAAGACCUUAUGGUCAUUUUGUUUCUUCCUCUAAGCGAGUGUUUCGGUUCCUAAAAAGGCCUGAGUUACUUUGAGUUUUA